AUGAGAGAGAUGCCAUCAUAAUGGAGAUGCAGAAGCUGAAGUUGGCGCUACUUGAUAAGAAGCAGUCUGAGAACAACCAGCAUGAAAGGUUCGCGAGGUCAAACAAGGACAGCUGCACAGAGGAUCAGAUGAAAGAGAAGGACUCCACCAUCAAAUCCCUCCAAAAGGAGGUGUUUCGGUUGAAUGACGAGCUGAAGAACACAAAAGUGCCCAUACUGCCACAGGUGAAUGACCAGGAGAUCAAGUUGCUUCAGCAGAGGAUCAAACAGCUCGAAAAAGUCAUCCACGAUAAUCAAGUCAACAACAACAACGCUAACAACAACAACAACAACGACAUCGACAACAUCAACAACAACAACGGUGAAUCAACUGAUGCAGGAAGGUUGAAACAAGAGAAGGAGGCUGCUGUAUCGCAAAUUGACUUCCUGAACGCGGUGAUAGUGGAUCUACAGAGGAAGAAUACGGACCUGGAGAACAAGGUCCAACUACUGGAAUCCUCCAAAUCUAUGACGGACAGUGCUCUCGAGAAGUUCCUCGCCAGCGAUGCCAACCUGACGAACAUUCGUCCAUUCUGCGACAUCUGUGACAUGUUCGACCAGCACGACACCGAAGACUGCCCGAAACAAAAUGGCGGAGGGGGUGUUGGCUCCUCCGGGACAAGUCCCAUGAACGCAUCACAUUACCACGGGGACCCCAACGAGGAAAGACCCUACUGUACCACGUGUGAAGUUUUUGGACAUAAUUUAGAUCAGUGCAAAGAAGAACAGACCUAUUGAGAUAAUCUACUCUUCAUCUUUUCAACUCAUACGAACCCAGUUAGCGCCAACUCUCUCCCUCUCUCUUUCUCUCCCUUUCUCUCUCUUU